UAUUCACAAGCGGCGCUCACCUGUAAAUAUGCGGAAGUGAGGAGAUGAGUUAUUGUUACUGAAGAGCAAAUGUUAUUAUUUGCUUAUGGAAAUUGACAGUUGUUAAAGUAAAAACGGAUGUGUGAUGGAGCUAUAACGUUCUUGAAACGGACACAGCUGCAUGAAGGAACUUGUAUCUCUUGUAUCAGUAGUGGAACAACCUCUGACAUGUUUUUCAAGACCAUCGAGGAAGACAUUGAGAUGUGGGACAGGCAGAAAGAAGGCUGUGAGCCUUUACUUCCGUCAACGCCAACCCACAGGACAUUUGAUUAUGUACUAGUGGCCCACAAGGUUGAUGAUGACAGCAACCAAAAGGCUCAGAAGCAGAGAGCCUUUAUCCAGCGGCUUGAGAAGAAAAACAUCAUUGUUACUAGGAUUGUUCAUGAUGUCAAAGUAUUCUUUGGCCUGCGUGCUCCCAGUGAGAUGUUUGAAGACUACCAGUAUCUGCUCAAGGUCUCAGAUUCUUGCAACUGGUGUGGAGAUGUGGGAGGAGCUGUCACCCAGGCUACCAGGAUCCGAAUCAUCCAUUUCAUCCUUCAUCAGACCUUCAUUAACACAGGAGAGAAUCUGGAGGAACUGCUGAUGAAAGAUGUUUUUGAAACUGUAUUCUGCCUCCAUGAGAGAAAGAAGCAGAAACAGCUGAGGAAGAAAUGGGCUCAAUGGUCUGGUCUGUUUUCAGGACAACCAGUCAAUGACAUCAAAUGUUACUUUGGAGAGAAGGUGGCUCUGUACUACCUGUGGCUGGGCUGGUACACCAAGCUGCUGUUUCCAGCUGCUGCUCUGGGCAUUGUAGUGUUCUUGUAUGGACUUGCCUUUUUCAACACCAACCCUCUCAUUAAGGAAGUGUGUAACUCCAGCAUCAUCAUGUGUCCUCGCUGUGAUAAGAGGUGUACAGUGUGGCAGCUGUCAGACACCUGCGCCUACGCUAAGGUCAGCCAUCUAUUUGACAAUGAGGGCACUGUGGCUUUUGCUAUGUUCAUGGCAAUCUGGGCUACUCUGUUCCUGGAGCUGUGGAAGAGGCAUAGAGCCAGACAUGUUUCAAAGUGGAAGGUCUAUGACUGGUGUGAAGAAGAGGAGGAACUGAUUCUGGAAAUAGUCAAUGAUCCAAACUGUACACCAAAACAAUUCAGACACUCCUACUUGCGCAGCACUCUGGUCCUCAUCCUGGUAACACUUAUGCUGAUGCUGAUCAUCGGGCUUGCUCAGGCUCUGGUGGUGUUUCGAGUGGUGGCCGCCCCCUUGUUGUCAGAGGGAAGCUCGGUGUUUAUCAGAGACCAUGCCAACACUGUGGCUAUGAUGCUGGGAGCUGUGCUGCACUACAUCACCAUUCAAAUCAUGACCCGGGUAAACCGAUGGGUUUCCCUAAAGCUGUGCAAAAUAGAGAAGAUAAACUCAUUUGCUGCCACAGAGAGGAGCUUCACAGUCAAGAUGUUCACCUUCCAGUUCUUCACUCUCUUCUCUUCACUCUUUUAUGUGGCCUUUAUCCUGGGCAGGAUAAAUGGCCAUCCAGGAAAUUAUGUACGUAUUGCUCAGUGGAGAUUGGAGGAGUGCCAUCCUAGUGGCUGUUUGACAGACCUUUUCAUCCAGAUGGCUGUGAUCAUGUUGCUCAAACAGACUCUCAACAACAUCUUUGAGUUCACAGUGCCCUGGUUGAAGACCUGUCUGAGCAGAAAAACUGCAAAGAAGCUGGAGAGGAAGUGUGGUCACUGUUACAGGAAGGCCUGCUGUGAGGAAGACGGAAGUGUUGAACCCUGUGACAUCUGCAAACUUCGGGACUGGCUGCGUAACUAUCACCUGGCCAACACAGACGCCUUUAGCCUGUUCAAUGAGUUCCUGGAGAUGGUGGUCCAGUUCAGUUUCACCACCAUAUUUGUGGCAGCGUUCCCCCUCGCCCCCCUGCUGGCUCUCAUCAACAACAUCUUUGAGAUUCGCUUAGACGCCAUCAAGAUGGUCCGCCUAGAACGCCGGCUGGUUCCCAGGAAGACCAACGACAUCGGUGUGUGGACGAAGGUGUUGGAGGCCGUCGGUGUGUUGGCAGUGAUUGCUAACGGCCUCGUCAUUGGAGUGUCAUCAGACUUUAUUCCACGCCUCGUCUAUCAUUACCGUUAUGGCCCAUGUGCUAAUGGAAGCACUCAAACACACUGUAUGCAGGGCUACAUUGAUGACACUCUUUCUACAGCUUUUAUUAGUCACUCAGCAGUUCAAAAGGACUUUCUCGCUAGUCAGAUGAGGACAGAGAAUGGCUUCAACGUUACACAGUGCAGCUAUAGAGACUACAGGAGUGAUGAGGACUACACUCUUACUUCUCAGUUCUGGUUGGUCCUGGCGGUGCGUUUUGCCUUCGUCAUCCUUUUUGAGCAUGUUGUGGUGGUUUGUAAGUUUAUAGCAGCCUGGUUCGUCCCCAACAAUCCUAUUCAGGUGAAGAAUGAUCGUCUGCAUGACAAACUGGCUCGGCUGAAGGAAGAGCUCCGUGGAAUGAAACGCAGCAGAUCAACAGAUGUCUGAACCUCCCACAGAUGACUUCAGAUCUGUUCCCAUUGCAGAGUCCUGACAGGUUAAAGUGUGAAAUAAAAAGAUGGAUUUUUGUUUUUAUAAUUUAUAUUUGAUGUUUGACCAUGAGGCCGGACUCCAUUGUAAUGUUGUGUAAAGGUUUAUGUGUCAUGAUAUUAUUGGACUUUUAACAAACGCUCUACAUAUUACACACCAGUUGACCAUCGUGCAAUGUUUUUAUAUUAAAAUGUAAGGAAGAAUUUAUUUUCAUCAUUUCAUGUUGUUAAAAACUUGUUGUUGUUCCAAGAAGAGAGGAGAAGCAUCAUUACUGAACUAUAUGUCUAUAACAUGGUUAUAUAACAAACGGUCUGUCCCAACACCUACACUUUUAGUCUUGAAGGUACAGUGCGCACUGACAUGAUGGCAGGUAGCAGACAGGUGCGUGUAGACAGGUCAGAAAAACACCAACAUACAGUCUGGUAAACACACACUGAAUUAACGUCUUUCCUGACACCACCUCAUAGCUCAGUGUAUCCCACAAUUUACCACUCCACAUUAGUAGUGUUGGUGGUAAUGAGCCUAUAAAGUGGUUUUAGGACCAUCAGUAAUCAGCAUACAUGAGGAGGUUAAAGUUAAAUAAUGAUAUUCAAUCUGACUCCCACAUUUGUUACUUUCCAGACACUAAACAGUUGUAACCUCCACAUAUCGUUAUUAUUUUUUUUUUAACAAUCUAUCCUUUUUUCAUGAGACUGAUCACAUAUCUGACACUGUCAACAUAAAAAUCUUUUAAUCCAAGAUUUUGAUAAAUACUCUCAUUAAAAAGUUUAAUCAGACAGAAACCAUCAAAAUAAAAUCAUUUUAUCUCUCUUUUUUGUACAGGAGAUCUACAUGCUUCACGAUAAUUUAGUGUCUUUAGUAACUGUAUCUCUCCUCUGAGGUCCCGAGUAUCUGUGUGUGUGUGAUUUGUUUUUUAACUGUGAUCAGAGUGUAACUUUACCACUGUAUGUGGAUCCAACUAAUUUGUUCCAACAAAUCAUCUGAGCUGUACUGAGCGAUGUACUUGUAUUCCCAGGAGCCACAGGAUUGCAAUAAUGUGUCCCAGUGAGCUGUGAUAAACUUCCUCACCCUGCGGCCUUAACUGACACUAUGACACUGUCGCAGUCACUGAAAAAGUGUCACACAAGUAAAGACUGACCAAUGCAAAUAAUGCAAAUUGUAUGAAAGUAUCAUUGCCUACAGCAGAAUUCCUAAAUACCUGAUGAAAACAUAUAUAGUACAUUCAUUGACAAACACAUCUAGGCGCACCCCAACCAGAAGCCCUGAAUAAAAAAAGAGGUCAAAUUCUAAAGGACCUUCAGGUCCGGCGACAGAGCCCUGUACAACACUUCUAGAGCCAACCUGAAGACAGCCAUCAGGGAGGCUAAAGAGGGCUACAAGAGGAAGGUUGAGGAUCAACUCAACAACAAUGCGUGUGUGGCAGGGCAUCUAGUACAUUACCAACUACAAGACCAGCAACCAUAGGAGGUGAUACCUCGCUGGCAGUUGAACUUUAUU